CCAAAAGUCGCGACAACGACAGCGACAACGACAACACCAGAGCCCCGCGCCACCCACGCCUCCUCUCCCCGCUCCACAUCCCAUUGCGCCAUCUAGAUCGAACCCAGCGCCACCAUGUUAUUCUUCAGCUUCUUCAAGACGCUCGUCGAGCACGAAAUCACGGUCGAGCUCAAGAACGAAGUGCAGAUCCGCGGCACGCUGAAAAGCGUCGACCAGUACCUGAAUAUCAAGCUGGACAAUGCCGAGGCGGUGGAUGAGCUCAAGUGGCCGCAUUUGUGCUCAACAAAAGACAUGUUUAUCCGCGGCUCCGUCGUGCGAUACGUCCAUCUCCCUUCUGGCGCCGUCGAUACCGCUCUGCUGGAAGAUGCGACGAGGAGAGAGGCUGAGGCGGCGAAGAACAAGGCAAAGUGAGGGAAUUGCAUACGCCAUGCGUGGUGAGAAGGGAAAUACGAGUGAGACAUGAUUGGUAUACUGGAAUGUGAAUGGAAGAGCGCAAUGACGACAAGCAUCGGGCGGGAGGGUUGGAGUCUUUUAUUUUGAAGCAUGCGGAAUAGCAAAGGGGAGGAGAAGACCUGGGCUUGAAAAAAGACUGGGAAUAGGUGGUGGGUGUGUUUGGGGAUGGAAAUCGGAGUGGGAGAGAGAGAGAAGAAUUGUAGCGAAUGCUUGCUGCUUUUUUCUUCUUCUUUUAUGAGCAGUGCUGUGAGGGGGGAAUUGGGCGCUUGGGAAAUUAUAUAUACCCUUGGGGGUUUUUUUGUGAAAUGUGUCGAU